ACAAAGCUUUCCUGUCUUGACAUAUUUCAAGAUGUUAACAUAUUGCAACUAGUUCAUUGAUUUAUUUUUUUUAUCGACCUCGGUAUGUUAAUUUUGCGAUAUUCCGGAAAUUCAAGGGCAGAUAACUGUAGAAACUGUCAACAUUGCCAUGUGGGUCUCAUCAGAGAUUUAAUUUUUGGACCGUUGAAAAAUCAUGAAGAUCAAAGUAUUAAGUAGAAACCCAGAUGAAUACAGACGAGAAACAAAGAGAGACAUCCAUAAAGUACAAAGAAAUUAUGACCCGAAAUUGCACCCAUUUGAAGCUCCUAGAGAAUAUGUUAGAGCACUAAAUGCAACAAAAUUAGAAAGAGUGUUUGCUAAGCCAUUUAUUGGAGCACUAGAUGGACAUAGAGAUGGAGUAAACUGUUUGUGUAAACAUCCUACAUCUCUGAGCUUUUUGCUCUCAGGAGCUUGUGAUGGAGAGGUACGUGUUUGGAACUUAGCCAAGAGAAAUUGUGUCGCAACAAUUCAAGCCCAUGAAGGCGUAGUCCAGGGAAUGUGCUUUCAUCCGGAUGGGAGAAGUUUCCUGACUUGUGGUUUGGAUAAAGUAGUCAAGCAAUGGGGAAUCUCAGAAGAAUGUACUAUUAAUGAGGAACCCAUAAACACAAUACUUGGGAAGAGUGUGUUCCAGUACAUGGACCAUCACCAGUCAGAGAAUAUUUUUGCUACCUGUGGUCAGCAGGUAGACAUCUGGAAGGAGGACCGAUCGGAGCCGGUCAGAAGCUUCACUUGGGGGGUGGACAGUACUCACCAUGUCAAGUUCAACCCCAUUGAGACAAACCUGCUGGGAGCAUGUGCAUCAGACCGUAGUAUUCUGUUGUAUGAUCUGAGGGGAUCUACUCCACUACGAAAGGUGAUUUUGUCUCUGAAGUCCAAUGCAAUAGCCUGGAAUCCCAUGGAAUCUUUCGUAUUCACAGCAGCUAGUGAAGAUUAUAAUUUGUACACAUUUGAUAUGAGAAAGCUCUCAGCUCCCAUCAUGAUGCAUAUGGACCAUGUAGCUGCUGUGAUGGAUGUGGACUACUCUCCCACUGGAAAAGAAUUAGUGUCGGCUGGAUAUGACAAGUGUCUGAGGAUAUUCAGUGUUGACACCAGUCGCAGCAGGGAAAUUUACCACACCAAAAGAAUGCAGAGGGUACGGGUUGUGCAGUGGUCUCUAGACAACAAAUACAUCAUCUCAGGCUCCGAUGAAAUGAACAUACGUGUGUGGAAGGCCAGGGCCUCUGAAAAACUUGGAAUGCUGUCGACAAGAGAGAAAGCCUCCAUGAACUACAAUGAGAAACUGAAGGAGAAAUUCAUUCAUCACCCACAAAUCCGGAGGAUAGCGCGGCACCGACAUGUCCCCAGACAGAUCUACAGCCUGUCCAAGGAGAUGAGGAUCAUGAAGGAGUCACGCAAACGAAAGGAAUCUAACAAGAGGAGACACAGCAAACCAGGAGCGGUUCCUUACGUACCAGAGAGGAAGAAGGCCAUUGUGAAAGAAGUGGAGUAAAAAGAGCUGAUGACUGUCUCCAUCUCAUAUUAAAGAAAACUCGGAAGAAAAUGUGUUCACUUGAUUGUUACUGAAUUCAUUAAUUUUAAAAAUAUUUUGCGG